AUGGCCACCACCGCGGCAAACGAGCGCACGAGGGGUGGGGGAGGGAAGGGUGGGGAGAAGGAGCUGGCGGAUCUACCGAAAUGCCGCACCUCCGAUGCUUUAGCUGGAAACCCUAAUGAGCAGUCCAGGGCACCCCGCCGGAUCCAGAGCCACUUAAGUACCGGCCGCGGCGUACGUGCGCUAACUGGACCGGGCCUGGGCCGCCCCGCGCCACCCUCAUCCCCACUGGACUCAGCCAGCGCUGACGGGCCCUCCACUUGGGCCUUCCAAGGCGCGCACGUAACGGUGCGCCCCGUGGUGGGAAACUGGCCCACCGGCCCAACCAUACCGCCCGAGCCAACCCUAGGCCAGGGCUCUGGUUCCGCCGCCGACACCGGCGCAGGCACCAGCGCAGACCAGGGCGGGGUAGCCGCCGACGACGACGCGACCACUGCGCCGCCCGAAGCCACCCGCGACGCGCAGGCCCUCUACGCCGACACCAUGCCCCGAUGCGGAGCUCGACACGACUCCCCUGGUCUGCGAGCACCGCGGCCGCCAGGCGCGAACGCGCGGCGCCGGCCGGCUUUGAGCGAGCCCCCUAGCUCCUCCGCCCUGGCCACAAACUCGCCUACCGACGGCAGCACACCGCCACCACGCCUCUCAGCGCCCGCGUCGUCCUCCUCCUCCGAGAUCUCGCCGUCACUUACCUCUGCCAACGCCCAAAACCUGUUCCCCGACCAGCCCGGGGACGACGCCGCGCCCGCGGAUGCCGCCGAAGGCGAGCUCGCCGGUCGCCCCGAUGCGCGCACCACCACCCAGGCCUCCGAGACGCCUUUGCCGACGCCCUCCGCCACCUCGCCACCCCCAUCGCCCUCCACGUUGCCAGACCGCUCCAGAGCCGUUGGAGCCAUCAGAGGCUAG